AUGUCUCUGGACCCGCCCACCUACAUCCUCUCGCUGCAGAACAACAUCCGCGCUCGUCCCAUCUCGUGGGAAGGUGCCGUGCGCGCCAAGACCAUCACCGAUGCCGACCUGAAGAAGAUCAAGUCGAUUGACAAGGUGCGGAAAGAGCAGCGCAAGCAGACCAUCGAGGCCGACGAGGCCAGCUUCGUCGCCCUGCUGCUGGGUGCCGACGAUGCCCAGAACAUCUUCGACGCCGCCUCCAAGGGCAAGCGCCAGGACAUCAUCCAGUAUAUGCUUGUGCUCACCGGCGAUCUGGUCGAUGACAUCCCCUCCUUCACCAAGGCCUUGACCAAGCACCCCCGCCCGUUCGCGCCCCUCCUGCCCCUCCUCAAGCAGUCGACCAACCCCGAGGAUCCCAUACCCCUCCUCACCUCCGCCGUCCUGUCGAGCCUGAUCUCGGAAGCCCUCACCUCGCAGCCCAAGCAGUCCCCCCAGAUCGACGAGGCCCUGCCCCAGCUGUACGCUUACCUGUCGACGCUGGCCAAGAGCUCCGACAACGGCCUGCAAGACAUUGCGGUGCAAGAAUACUCGGCACUGCUGCGGACGUCCAAGUCCAGGUCCCUCUUCUGGAAGCAGAGGAAGGAGACGGUGGACCCGCUGAUGGAGAUUUUGAAGACGGCCGCAGGCAAUGGCAAGGACUCUGACUCGACUCUGUACAGUGGAAGCGGCAGCAUUCGCAGCAACGCCGAUGUUGGGCUCAGCGGAGGUGUGGGCUUGCAGCUGCUGUACCACGUCCUGCUCGUGAUAUGGCAGUUGAGCUUUGAGGGCAAGCUGGUGGGCGAAGGUCUCGACGACGAACACGACAUCAUCACUCUCUACUCUGCGCUGCUGCGGGCCUCUCCCAAGGAGAAGACGACGCGUCUACUGCUGUCGACGCUGCGCAACCUGCUGGACGCGAACCCCAGCACGCUGCUGCCGGCGGCGACGCUGGCCAAGCUGCCAGCGCUGCUGCAGUCGCUGCAGUCGCGGCACCUGACGGACGAGGACCUGCUCGAGGACCUCACCUCGCUCAAGGAUCUCAUGGAAGACUACACCAAGACGCAGACGACGUUCGACCAGUACGCGGCGGAGCUGCACGCGGGGCACCUGCGCUGGUCGCCACCUCACCGCAACCCGGCCUUCUGGCGGGAGAACGCGCGCCGCAUCAUCGAGGACGAGCAGGGCGCGCUGCCCAAGACGCUGGCGUCCAUCCUGGCCAAGCCCUGGGACACGGACAAGCAGGUCCUCGCCAUUGGCUGCAACGACGUCGCGUGCCUCGUCAAGGAGUGCCCGGAGAAGCGCGGCGCGCUGGAGCGCAUGGGCCUCAAGGCCCGCGUUAUGGAGCUUAUGGCGGACAAGGACGAGACGGUCCGGUGGGAGAGUCUGCGCGCCGUGGGCGAGUGGCUGCGGUAUAGCUUUGAGUAG